AUGUGCGAAUAUAGAACAUUUACUAAUUGUGCUAAAACAAUAACCAAAUGUUUUGAGUCUGUUAUUAUUGAGCAAUACUAUGAUCUAACUCCAUCUAAGAGAAGUAAUGUUCGACUCAACGAUGAGAUAAUUCCCAAGCCAACUCAUAUCAAUGUUGGCGAGAAACAAAUUAAGGUCUCCAUCCGGAGAGAACACCCAUACCAAUCACACUUAUCUUAUUGUGCCAUGUUCCCCACGUUCCAAUGCCCAGAUGACCCAGACACAGGUGUACGGGCUGCAUCUAAACUCCCCAUCAAUCCCAUGCUACCAGCUACUGCUCCACAGGUUACUCUGCUCAGUAAAAGUAAAGGUGCACCUUUUCGUCAUGAGCUGCUUAAAAUUCCCAUGGAAACCAGACGGGCAUCUGCAACUUGGCCAGGACAAAAUGGCUACCAAAAUUACAUUUACCCCAAGGCUCCAAACACAUUGUGUCCAAAUCUGACACUGCGAGACUGGAACCACACGCUGCUCGAGCGGACGGCCAAUGCUUUGCGCAACCUGGAGAAGUCCCAGUGGCUCACUUCAUAUCAGCUACACUUCACAGGCACCGGGCCCUCUAACCCUAUAAAACUGGAUGACUUUAACGAGAAGACAAUCGCCUUGAUUACAGGAGAAAUGAACCCUUACACAGCACAGCUGAGUGAGCGAACCUGUCCUGUUUUCCUGCCUCCUCGACCACUUGAAGGACGCAGGGCCAGGAUCCUGCAGAACCAACGUCAUCUGGAGAACCCAUGCCCACCAUACUCACCUUUAUUUUCCCCAGAGCCUCCAGACACAGGGCUGGUUUUUACACAAACACAUGGACCACUGGAUGCUAAUACAGACAGGACACUACACGUUCGGGACACUACACAGCGCAAACCAUACAGUCUCAAGAAUGAAGUUUUUACAUCCAACCAAGUUAACGACUCAAGUCAAACAUGUCAGGUGGCAUCUAACAACACUGUCUGUAUGUGUGAAUUGUGCUGCCAAAGAAAUUGUGUCUGCAAGCAAUCUGAGUUAGAUGUUACUAAACCACAUGCAAACAUCAACAAACCUGCAUUUACAGUGAAUGACAGAGGGAAUAUCAAGCCUGAGCCAGGUUUUGGACAACACACAUUUCAGGCUGUGCUGCAAGAGACAGAAAGGAACCAGAAAGAAUUGUCCAACAGAAAAACCAUGAACAAUGUGGCAGAAAAUAACUGUUUUGUACCUAAGUGCACAGCACCACUCAGUGCAGAAGAGACAGACAGGCAUGUACACUUUGAGCAGACAGUGAAUGACUUUGAAGAGGAGAAAAUGAAGUGUGGUUCUUGUACUAUUCCCUCUAUCCGCCCACGCUUCUCUAGAGGCAACUUUGGGUAUGGAGUAAAGACAAGCAGCAGGGAUUCGGGGUCUGAUCUGCUGGAGCUUCAGGACUCUUUUUGCCGAACAAAAGCUCACCAAAUCUUCCAUGAGUCUCUGCAGGAUGCCAGUGUGGACCUCAGGGACAACCAUUAUACUGGGAGAAAGCAUUGCUUCUACGACUUCAACUCUUACUAUUUUCACUAAAAAUCUAAAAAAAAGGUGCUGGAAAGAAGAAUCAUUUCUUAGGAAUACCUGGAGGUCUGAUAAAUACUAUAAAUGUAUCAUUGAACCAUUAAUGUCUCUAGUGCUUCCUUACAGUACUAAAUUGUCCAUUGUGAGUUUAAAUCUAAACUUUGGCACAUGAAUGUCAGAAAUAAUUUCCAGUGUCUGCUAUGAUACAGAUCAAGACUGAUUUACAGACAGCACUGUUAUUUUACAUUC